AUGGAUGGUGCAGCUGGAGCUGCAGGCUCUGGCAUGGCAAUGGGAAGACAUGCCUGGCUGCCCCUUAUAGGCUUUGUGGAUCACUUCAAGGUGAUGUUUAUUCUCACAGCUGGAUGGGAUGAAUUAGAAUGUCAUCGUGUUUACAGUUACAUCUGUGACUUAACUGCUUUACCUCGUAAGAUACAGACAGUUGUCAGUAGCAAACCAGGAGCAGCAUGGAGACUGGAAUUGCGAGUUAGGUUGUUCUGCCGAAACGUUUUAUUGGAUCACUGGGAGAAUAAGAGUGAUGCAGCAUUCUGGCUGUCCCGGAUUCUUAAGCCAUGGCCAAUUGUAAACCAGGCUAGGCUUUUGUACAUCAUCUUUGGGCCAAUGUCUUCUGCAGAUGGUGGGCAGAUUGUGUGGCACAAAAUGUCAGAGGGCUUUGCAGAUGAAAGCACAUUAAAGGGUUUGGCCGAUGCUAUUAAACUUCUGUAUGAUGCUGAAGCAAAAGAGUGGACAACUGAUGAUGUGAUUAGUCUUACAGAUGAGUUAACAGUGGUUCCUCAGAUAUGGAUUCUGGAAAAUACUGCCCGCCUACUCAUCUUAUGUGGAAACAGCAUCUGCUUUACUUUUAUGGCCAGUAAAGCAGUAAAUGGGCGAAUCAUUGAAGUGUCUCACCUAAUGGUAUUCUUAUCUUUGGUCUGUGAAAAAGACUUGUAUUGCAUGGACUGGGCAGUGAAAAUGAUGCAGAAGAUAUGCAAAGUUUUCAGCAAUUCUGCUGAGCGAAAUAGUUUUCUACAAAACCUAGAAUACAGCUUUGCUCGUGUUAACAUGGACAUGCUACAGUCAGUAAUGUCUGGUGGAAGAGAGGAGGAUGACAGUGGGUUCCUAAAUCUGUACCACUUAGUAAAUGCACAGGCUAAUUUUCAUAAAGAAAUCCUCUUUCUGAUGAUGAAUCAUAGUAUGCCUAACUGAAACUGCAAGCUGUAGAAGAUAUUCUAUUAACCAAUAAUUGCUUUCGAACUGGAUGAUCCUAGUUACUUGCCAGUAUCACCACUUUGUCCUGCCCAUAAGGUAUUAUCAGAUUCUGACUGCCAAGCAAGCUUCCUUACAUCAAGUGCAUCAAGUACUUUAUACACAGGAUAAACUUUUAACCACACUGAAGCUGUCAGGUAUGCUGGGACGGGUAGACUAAGGUAGUGUAUUUUAAUGACAGUUAAAAAUAUCAACACAUAGGCACACAGUGACUAAUCAGAUAAGAGAAAGUUCAUAAAAAAAGAAAAUUGUACAUCUUGCUCAGUGGCAGACAUGAGUGAAACUGUCUAUCCAUAAGUACCUCCCAAGACCAUAAACUGGAACAUUAAUAAUUUUAAACUGCUGUUAUUGUCAGCAGUAUUUGUUAUUAGCAUUACAACAAUAAUGCAGAUGCUGGAGCUUUGCAGUAGUAUAUCUUUCUCUGAUGUAAGUAUGUGUUAAAAGACAGAGCUGAUUUUGAUUUCACUGACAUUCCUGGAUUUAUAACUUGAGAAUGUAUAUUUUACAUAGGAUGGUUCUUCAGAGUACAAUAUUAUUGUUUCUUCAUUAACUUUUGUUUAGGAAGACUUGCUGGCCAGUCUGAUUAUUGGCCUAUCAUUCUGAUUUUUUUACAUUUAUACUAAUCAGAAACCCAUUUUUGUCAUGAUUUGCCAGUUUCAAAAUGAAUAUGAAUAGCUGUAGUUCUAUGUGAUACUGUCACGAAUGAUGCAUGUAGCUCUAGGUAUCAUCUUGUCAGUAGUUUUCGAGCAACACCUAACAAAAUGCACUUUGGGGUGUCGCUAUGUUUCAGUUUUGUAGUUGCACUGCUGGUUAUUAUUCAUUUCAAACAGAGCAUGUUGAGGUGGUAACCUGUGGAACUGUUAUUUAUACAAUAUUUAUUGAAUUUUUACUCUGCAGUUGUAUAGACUAAUAUAUUUAAAUACUGGGUUGUUGCAUAUGAUUACAUUUUAGAUCACUGGUUUA